AUGAUACUCAUUAUUUUCUCGCUCAUUGGCUUAUACAGCGCCGGCGGAGGGUGUGAAACGACCGGGUCUGAGCAAGUUUUGCACCCACCACCCCUGGUGUAUCCAUUCGGUGGUACCAUCAAGUUGCUUGUAGGUAUAGCUGUGCCCAUAUCCCUUGGCGGUAGAAUUUUGGUAUACGGCCAGAAUCUGCAGUUUCAGUAUGCGCUGCCCCAGAAUGCAACAUUCUUCACAGACUAUUUUACAUCAUUAACGAAGCGACGCAGAAGAUCAACAAGCAGUGAAUAUCAAAGAAAACUAUUCUACGAAUUUUUGGAGGAAGAGAUGAGUAGGUGGUGUGGAGAUGGCAUAUCAUGCAUGAUGAAGAGCAUAUGUCAGGUAUCACAAAUUCCAGUGGGAGACGGUAGCCUCGUUGGUGAGAUUCUCAACGUCAUGCUGACGCCUGACUACGGAGAGCCUUCACUCUUCAAUGGUGUGAGUUAUCUCAGGGCAGCUGAGGCUGGAAGGAGAGGUGACGAUUGCUCGAUUAUCUUCUCUGGAUGUCCAGAAAAUUGUGGCUUUCUUGAUCGAAUUACUAAACUCGACAAUUUUCACUCUGAUUAA